AGAGAGAGCGGGGACAGUGUCAACAGCUCAGCUCCCAGCACAGUCAGCUGAAAUCCAGAGCUCCGCUCAGUAGCUGAGCGAGGGGAAGCAAACGAAACGCAGCAGCUUCAGCCGGGAAACAUCGUCAGACUUUUGUGUUUUCAUGGAUUUUGGCCAUGAAACACGGACUCCCAACGGCCACACGAGAGCUUUAAAGCCAGAGGAUGUAGGAAUGCUUUAAGACCUUCUUCAAACCUCGCUUUAUUGAGAGACUUCUUGAUUCCCAUUGCUAGUGACGUGACACAGGGACAAUCCAUCUCUCAGGGCAGCCCGUCUGAAGUGGAUCAUGCCCCCUAGAUAGCAGCCUCAUCCUCCUCUCCACUCCCCCUCCCUGCCCUUGGCCCCUUCCUCUACCUUCCUGGUCCAGCGCCACCUCCGCCACCUGUGUCACCACAGCCGCCAUGCCCCCCAGGAAGAGGACGCGGCCGGGCCUGGGCUUCCUGUGCUGUUUCGGCAGCAGCGAGCCCCCGGAGAUCAACCUGAAGGACAGCGUGCCCCUGCAGCUGCUAGAGUUCAGUGCCCCCAUGCCGCCCGCCGAGGAGCUGCAUGCGCGUUUCUCCGAACUGGUGGAUGAACUGGACCUGACGGAUAAGAACAGGGAGGCCAUGUUCGCUCUGCCCGAUGAGAAGAAAUGGCAAAUCUACUGCAGCAAGAAGAAGGAACAAGAGGACCCCAACAAGCUGGCUACCAGCUGGCCCGACUACUACAUUGACCGGAUCAACUCCAUGGCCGCUAUGCAGACCCUGUUUGCCUUUGAUGAGGAGGAAAUGGAAAUGAGGAACAAGGUGGUGGAAGAUCUGAAGACAGCACUUCGGACUCAGCCCAUGAGGUUUGUCACACGCUUCAUCGAGCUGGACGGCCUCACCUGCCUCCUCAACUUCCUGCGCAGCAUGGACUACGAGACGUCAGAGAGCCGCGUCCACACCUCCGUCAUCGGCUGUAUCAAGGCCCUGAUGAACAACUCGCAGGGCCGGGCUCACGUCCUGGCCCACCCGCAGAGCAUCAACACCAUCUCGCAGAGCCUGCGGACGGAGAACAUCAAGACCAAAGUGGCGGUGCUGGAGAUCCUCGGGGCCGUGUGCCUGGUACCUGACGGACACAAGAAGGUGCUGCAGGCCAUGGCGCACUACCAGAAAUACGCUGCUGAGAGGACUCGCUUCCAGACGCUGCUGAAUGAGCUGGACAAGAGUACGGGCCGCUACAGAGACGAGGUCAACUUGAAGACAGCCAUCAUGUCCUUCAUUAACGCUGUGCUGAACGCUGGAGCUGGGGAGGACAACCUGGAGUUCCGUCUCCACCUAAGGUACGAGUUCCUGAUGUUGGGCAUCCAGCCCGUCAUCGACAAGCUCCGAGAACAUGAAAACGCCACUCUGGAUAGGCAUUUGGACUUCUUUGAGAUGGUGCGGAAUGAGGAUGACUCGGAGCUGGCCAAAAGAUUUGAUAUGGCCCAUAUAGAUACUAAGAGUGCCGGUGCCAUGUUUGAGCUGGUCAAGAAGAAGCUGAGCCACACAGAUGCCUACCCCCACCUCCUCUCCAUCCUCCAACACUCCCUGCAGAUGCCCUAUAAGCGUGGCGGUGGCAGCCUGCAGCACUGGCAGCUCUUAGACAGGAUCCUCCAGCAGAUAGUCCUACAGGACGACAAGGGGGAGGACCCCGACAUCGCCCCUCUGGACAACUUCAGUGUUAAGAACAUCAUUCGCAUCUGUGGCUACCACCGAUGCUCAAGGUUGGUCAAUGAGAAUGAGGUGAAACAGUGGCGAGACCAGGCCGAGAAGUUCAGGAAAGAUCAUGUAGAGCUGCUAGCUAAACUAGAGAGGAAGGAGCGGGAGUGUGAAACCAAGACCCAGGAAAAGGAUGAUAUGAUGAAGACUUUGAACAAGAUGAAGGACAAGCUGCAGCGUGAGGGUGUGGAGCUGCGCUCGGCCAGGGAACAAGUCCUAGACCUAUCGUCACGCAUCAAUGACAUAGCUGGUGGCAGCGUGUCUUUCCCGCCUCCUCCACCUCCUGGCGGCCCCGUGGCACCACCUCCUCCACCUAUGAUUGGUGGUUUCCCUCCGCCUCCUCCUCCGCUACCCUUUAGCUGCCCGCCUCCUCCCCCACCUCCUCCCCCACCAGGCGCCCCGCCUCCUCCACCAGGAGCCCCUCCCAUGUUUGGAGCCCCGCCUCCUCCGAUUCCCUCUUCCUUCAACUCAGCGAGCACAAUGCGUUCCAAGUCCAUCCCUCAGCCUUCUCAUCCCCUGAAGUCCUUUAACUGGUCUAAACUAGGAGAGAAUGUGAUCAAUGGCACCAUCUGGAACGACAUUGAUGACCUGAAAGCUUUCAAGAUUCUUGACCUCAAGGACAUAGAGAAGAUGUUUUCAGCCUAUCAGAGACAGCAGGACCUGCUCACUAACCAAUCCUUCAAACAGAAGGAGACGGGCUCCAUGGAUGACAUAUACGUCAGCACGCGGAAGGUCAAAGAGCUGUCGGUCAUCGACGGUAGACGUGCACAGAAUUGUGUCAUCCUGCUUUCAAAGUUAAAAAUGAGCAAUGAGGAGAUUAAGAGGGCGAUCCUGGAGAUGGAUGAGAGAGAAGAGCUAGCCAAAGAUAUGCUGGAGCAGCUGCUGAAGUUUGUCCCAGAGAAAAGUGACAUGGACCUGUUGGAGGAGCACAAACAUGAGUUGGAGCGCAUGGCCCGGGCUGAUCGCUUCCUCUAUGAGAUGAGCAGAAUUGACCACUACCAGCACAGACUGCAGGCUCUGUUCUUCAAGAAGAAGUUUGCAGAGCGCCUCGGUGAAACCAAGCCUAAAGUUGAGGCCAUCCUGAAUGCAUCCAAGGAGGUGGUUCGAAGCAAGCGGCUGACUCAGGUCCUGGAGGUGGUGCUGGCGUUCGGCAACUUCAUGAACAAGGGCCAGAGAGGCAAUGCCUACGGCUUCAAGGUCUCCAGCCUCAACAAGAUCGCUGACACCAAGUCAAGCAUAGACAGGAACAUCACCAUGUUGCACUACCUGAUCAUGAUCUUUGAGAAGAACUACCCGGACACGCUGCACAUCCAGGAGGACCUCGGCAGCGUACCAGAGGCCGCCAAAGUCAAUUUGGCGGAGUUGGAAAAAGAGGUGCACAAUAUCAAGAGUGGACUAAAGGCUCUCGAGGCGGAGCUGCACUACCAGCAGAGCAGGACAAGGGAGCGUGGGGACAAGUUUUCGGCUGUGAUCGGUGACUUCAUCACUGUGGCUGGCUUCAGCUUCUCCGAGCUGGAGGACCAGCUUAGUGAAGCCAAGGACAAGUUUGCCAAAUCUCUGAAGCACUUUGGGGAGGAUGAAGGGAGGAUGCAGCCUGAUGAGUUCUUCGGGAUCUUCGACACCUUUUUACAGUCAUUCAGCGAAGCACGGCAAGACCUGGAGAACAUGCAGCGACGCAAGGACGAGGAGGAGAGGAGGGCACGAAUGGAGGCCAUGCUCAAGGAGCAGAGGGAGCGGGAACGGCGGGCCAAGAAGGGCGGAGCCUCAGACGAGGUCGGCGGCGAGUUCGACGACCUGGUCUCGGCGUUGCGUUCGGGAGAGGUCUUCGACAAGGACCUGAACAAGUUCAAGCGUAACCGCAAGCGCUCCGUAAACCAGCUGGUGGAGGGCGGCGGCGGCGGCCGCGAGCGAGCCGUCACCAAGGUCAACUACUAGGCUGGGAAAAGGAGGGAGGAAAAAAAAAAAUCACUAGACACCUAAAUUCUGCCGUGGUGUACAUCUCUUAGCACCUUUAGUCCAGGUCCUUCAACAGUGACCAUUGACAUUGGAGAGGAUGUGAAUAAUGGCUGGACUGGACAUGUAGUGACAUGUAUGGACAGCCAUGACAUUUUUGAAGGAUGCAUCACUCUCCUCUGAUUGGUCUUGUAAAGGUAUUUCCAACCUGUUAAUCCUGGAAGUUGUUUGAUCUGAGCUGGACGAAGGACAAUUGAAAUCGAUGGAUGGAUGGACAGACCACUGUGACACAUUAUCCCAUGUCUUUUGACCAUAUCCUUUUAACACUGUGCUCAAGCUUCUGGCUAGUCUUUCACUCCAUUUCUCACUGCUCUUUUUUUUUUUUUUUUUUUUUUAUCCUAACGAGCCCUUUGGUGUUCCUCGGUAAGUUGUUUGGUGCUGGAGCCGCCCCAUCUUUUUGCUACCUGGGUCUCAGACACACAGGGAAUUGGGAUCAGCCAGUCAAACUGUACAUAGAUGAGACCAAGUGAAAGGUUUGGAAAAAGGAAUAUGAAGGUACUUCAAGGUGAAAAAGAAAGAAAGAAAGAAAAAAAAAACAGGAAAAAAAGGUGGAAAGGGGGACCUAAGCCAUAACCGCUACAGUCAUGGGCGCUUCGAGUGUCCCCCCCCUCAAGAAAUGAGAGUUUUCAGCCACAGAAUAGAUGGAUGUUCAUGAACGUCCUUUACUACAGAGAAGUACGUGGAGUCACCAAAUCCCAGAACGCUUUGUUAGGCUUCUGAAAGAGUGGAGGAACGAUUCCUAACGGGGGAAGAGGGGUUAUCGCUUCAAAACAGAGGAUCCAUCCCGAUGGCCUCCUCCAGCACACAGCAUUCCCAGGCAGCAUGUACGUCCACCCCGAGCUGCAGCGCCUCUCGAGGAAGAAACGACAGCUCGGCUCGAUCCACCCCAACAAACAUGAUGACUGUGCCACAUGGGGUCAAGCCUCACCUACGCUCUUCAGUGAUUUCAACAUUGUUCUGGCAUGAAGCAGUGCCAAAGCAAAGAGAAAACAAAUGUAAAUGUAUUAAUACAAAACAUACUGCAAUUAGGCCUUGAUAUAUAUUUAUAUUUAGAUGCAGACAAGCUAAUUGCAAAGAUGUAGAGGUUUUUUAUGUUUUCAUGGCAUUUUGGGGUUUUGUACACGCAAUGCAUUAUUUGUUGGUGUUGCAAGUUCACAUUGCUGUUGAAGUGAAUUUCUAUACAUUUUGCGCUUUAUGUAAAAACAAAAGAAACAAACAAAAAAAAAAGAAGAUAA